UAUCUCAGCCUGAAUUCACUGCCUACUUAGAUAGUUUAUUAACUCAACGGCAUGGAUCGAGCAGAGGUAAGAUGAGAAGAUAGAGAAAUCACCAGAAAUGAAUCUUGCUGGCAGUUCAGACUGCAUGGACACAGGUCCUGGGGACAGCUGUUGUCUGGAAAGGAGUCUGCUGAGGGCCAACACAAUCCUGAAGCCUGUCUCUUCUCAUGAGACUGUAGGAGCCAAUGAUAGUAAGGCAUGCAAUCAUAUGGAAGAUACAGACUGGAUGAAAGAGAAGUCCUCUCCCAGUUUAAGGCAGGUGGAAAUGUGUCAGUUUGUUUUGCCUUUCCAUGCCAACCACAAAGGAGAGCUUUCUGCAGGGCAGCUUUUAAAGUGGAUUGACACCACAGCAUGUCUGGCAGCCGAGAAGCAUUCUGGAAUUCCCUGUGUCACAGCUUCAGUGGAUGACAUCCAGUUUGAAGAAACUGUAAAGAUUGGACAAAUUAUCAAUGUUAAGGCUACAGUGAACAGAGCCUUCAACACCAGCAUGGAGGCUGGGAUCACUGUUUCAGUACAAGAUGUCCAGAGUGGAAAUUUGAAAAGAGUCUGUGUUGGAUAUUCAACAUUUGUUGCAAGGCCAGCAGCAGCUGACAAGAUUAUUCUAAAGCCAGUCAAAUGCCUUCCUACACAAGAAGAUCAUGUUGAAUAUUCUCUUGCAUCAGAGAGAAGGAGGUUAAGGUUGGACAAUGAAAAGGCUUUCAAUAAAUUAAUGCAGGAGACUCGUCUUCAAACUGAUGCAGCUAAUGGAAAUGACAGCUCGCUAGUAUCAACAGAAACUACUCGAGUAGAGAGCAUUGAGCUUGUCCUGCCGCCGCAUGCCAAUCACCAUGGCAACACUUUUGGUGGGCAAAUUAUGGCCUGGAUGGAAAAUGCAGCCAGUGUGGCAGCAAGUCGCCUGUGUGGGUUCUCUCCCAUCCUAAAGUCUGUUGAUAUGUUUAAAUUCAGAGGACCUUCUACUGUAGGGGAUCGACUGGUUUUCAAGGCUGUAGUCAACAACACUUUUCAAAAAAGUGUCGAGGUGGGAGUGAGGGUUGAAGCUUACAAUAUUGAAGAAUGGACUCAAGGAAAACCUCGGCACAUAAACAGUGCUUUCCUCAUCUAUAGUACUUCAGGAGUUGACAAUAGACAAUUUCCUGGUGUUAAAUAUACAACAAAGGAUGGGCUCCGACGAUAUGUGGGUGCAAUUGUUCGAAAACGAAUUAGGGUGGCCAGAAAACAUAUUCUUUCAUGUAAAGAAGAUGGUCCGCUGUCUGUGCCCUGGGAAAAAAGUAAUCAGGCAUAUUUAAGCUAUAAUAAUAUAGCUGCUCUUACUGUAUUGGCAGGAAGAAUUGGAUGGGAAAUAAACAUUUCACAGCCUAAGAUACGAACCUACAUGCAUGAAGAAUAUGAUUCUCUGUCAGUAAAGGUGGAAAUGGAUGUGAAUGUUUUGGCCAAAAAUUCCUUUUAUAUGUUGUCAGAUCUGAGCCUUCGACCUAAGUGGGACAAGCAUUAUUUGGACUGUAAAGAAGUUGAAUCAGUUGGUAAAGAUGAUCGACUUUAUCAUAUUAAAUGUCAAGAAGUCAACAAGGAAAAAGCCAGAGACUUUGUAGUGCUCAUGUCACGCAGACGGCCAUCCAAAGCAGGGGAAUCCUACAUUAUAGCAUUAAGGUCAGUCAUUGUGGCUUCAGUUCCCCCUGAUCCCGGAUACACAAGAAGUGAAGUUCUCUGUGCAGGCUUUGUUAUUGAUGGUGAUGCCAAUGAACAUUGUAAAGUGUCCUAUUAUAACCAGGUGACGUCUGGAGUGCUACCAUUUGUUGCUGGAACCCUGACAGGAUGGUCAAAAUCAGUGGAAGAAACUGCUUUAUCGUGUAUCAGAUUUCUGGAAAGUGUUCAGAGUGUGGCAUUUUGACAGACUGAGAACGUCUUUUAAGGAGAGUAUUGGGAUUGGAAAAGGAAGGUGAUGGGGUGUGGCUGAGGACCCCCCAACUUUUUUAAGCAUUUUCUCCUUGAUUUAAUAUAUUAUUCAAAUAUUGACUUAUCCUUUUCCACAGUAGAAUUGGUAUAGAAUCUACAUGAGGUCGUACUGGUCAAAUAUCUCGGAACAGUGUACUGUAUCACCUGUUUGUGCAUCUGAAUUUAAAGGUGGUUAUUGAAGAUUCAGUUGAGCAAUGCUGCUUCACGGUUCCAAGAUCAAAGGUUUGAUUCCAGUCUUGUCCAGUUCCCUAAAUGGAGAGUUCACUUUUUUCUGUUUUAAUGUCGAUUUUUUCUUCUGGUAUGCUGGUUUUUCACACAUCCGAAAAUCAUGCAUGUUAGGUUUAUUUAAAUUGUCUUAUUAUGAUUGUGUGCAAGUGCAAAUGUGUUUGGUUAGCAAGGAUUCUAUCCUAGAUUGUUUUUUGUUUGUUUCUAAUGCUGUUGGGAUAGGAUAUGGCUCCUUUCAAUACUGGAAAAAAAGGAUAGAUUUCAAAGAUUCAGUUUUAAAAGUGGCCAUGAGCACUGAAUAAACCAGGAAUAAAAGGGAAUAAGAAAGAAAUUAAAGGGAACUUCAUUAUAAUAUUAGACUGUAAGAAACCAAGUUCAUUUCAUAAAUGUUCUUUUUUGAUAAUUUAA